AUGGCCCGUCCCUGUGCCGAGAUGCCAGCUGUCCGGAGACAACUCGACUUGAUCCUUGUCGACGUCUCCACCUACGUCGAGACAGCAGGACUGGAGGUGUGGCACCCUGGCCUGGGCUGGGAUCAGAUCCUGGGCUUCGUGGAGGAUCUUGACACGACCAACACAGUAAUCUUGCGGCUGAAGUUGACGAAGCACACGAGUCAAUGGAGUUCCCAUACUCGCGUGUUGCAAAAUGCCGCGCAUUUGCUACUUGAAGGUUUGAGCUGGAGGAGAGGCGCAGAAUUUUCUGACGGUGGUCGGAAAGAACAAGCUGCAGUUCAGCGCCAGCUCCCAACUCUCAGCGCUCUGGCAGCCUCGGUCCCAAGACGGGACAUCCGGGGCCAGGAGCUCGUCUUGGAAAAGCCAAAAAAGUUGAGGUUGCAGGUUAAUCACGCACAUGUGAUGGUAAUUACAGUAUGUACCUGCCAACCAUGUCCUCCUUUGUACUUGUUGAGAGCCCACGGACGGCGUUCCACAUACCAUAGCUUUGGAACAGCAAGCAAACCUACUGGCCUGCUACUUGUAGAGACCCGCGAUGCGACCUCAGAUCCCAGAGUCAGGUGCCCAGCUGCACUGCAGUCCAGAGCUCCAGAAGUCGGUUUCCACAGACAAGCGUCGCGUGUGUCGUCUUUGACGCUCUGA